UGUAUUUCCAUACUUGUGUCAUUGACUGUGUUCUUCUUGCUGUUGGCUGAAAUUAUUCCGCCAACAUCUUUGGCCGUACCGCUUCUAGGGAAAUAUCUACUAUUUACUAUGAUACUGGUCUCAUUGUCCGUUUGGACGACUGUGUGUGUAUUGAAUAUACAUUUUAGAUCACCAUCGACACAUAAAAUGUCACCACUGUUUCGCAAACUAUUUUUACACUUUAUGCCAAAAGUUUUGAUGAUGCGUCGUACACAAUACACUUUACCGGAUUAUGAUGAUUCCACGCCUAGUAAUGGGUAUACUAAUGAAAUUGAUGUAAGGGAUAGUAUUAGCGAUUUUCCCAGUGAGUUUAAGGACAGCCAGGAUGGAACCUACGACAACGGUGUAGCACAUUCUAUUGAUUCCGAUAAUGUGAUUCCGCGCAACUUAACACCCGAAGUCCUGCAGGCAUUACGUGCGGUCAGAUUUAUUGCACAACACAUCAAGGAUGCUGACAAGGAUAACGAGAUUGUCGAGGAUUGGAAAUUUGUAUCGAUGGUCUUGGAUCGUUUCUUUUUGUUGACUUUUACGCUGUCCUGCGUUUUUGGCACUUUCGCUAUAAUAUGCCAAUCGCCUUCUUUAUAUGAUACACGCCAACCAAUCGACCGUCAACUGAGCGAAAUUCCAUUGCGGAAGCAAAAUUUCAUGCUUCCGCCGGAUAUUGUGCGUCAGAUUGUUAAUUAGAUAAAAGGAAAUACCACCAGCAUCAACAACAGUUAUUCCAGCAAUAACAGUUAAAGCGGAAGCCAAGUAUACUGAUGAAUUCGUUGUUAUGUGCAACGGGGGAAAAGUUAACAUAAUAACAAAAAAACAAAAAAAAAGAAAAGAAAAUUAAGUUUAUAGAUUGUAAUCAUUAUUAAGAUUUUCCAGCAAAAUUAAAUGAAAUCGAAAGUAAUAUUUUAAAAUAGGUAAUGUGAAAAGUGUCGAUAUGCACUUAGUAAAAUUUUUUUCUUCCAUUCGAGACCGUGUGAGAUAAAAUUUGAACACUUUGAAUGCAAAUUUUUUUAAUUAACUGAUAAGGAAGCAGACAUAGAAUGAUAAAUGAUUUAAUCAAAUAUAUUUCCUAUGUCUAGUUAGAAUUAUCUUAUCAAUAAUAUUUUUGUUGUUAUUUUAUAUAGAACUAAGAUGAUUUCAGUACAUAAAGAUUAGUAACGACCGAACGAAUAUACUAAUUGCAAAAUGAGGGUUCUCAUAUUUGUUCUUAUAAAGCAGGAAGACGUCUUUAUAAAAGAGAUAUACUGUCUUUAUAAAAGAGAUAUACUGCAGUUUAAAACAAAAGACAUAUUUUGCACAUUUUAUUCAUUAGAUAUAUGUCAACAGAUAAAUGUUGUAAACAAGUUAUAUUACAAAAUAAAUUUUAUAUUAAUUUACCAAAAAAAAAAAUGAAUACGAAACAUAAUAAAAAUACUUGGAUAAUUUUGGAUACGAUUACUACUCGCAAAAUGAGGGUUCUAAUAUUUGUUCUAAUAAAGCACGAAGACGUCUUGAUAAAAAAAAUAUACUGCAAUUCGUAUAUUCGUUUGGUGGAUAUUAGAGUUAGGUUAGUCCAAUAUGAAUAUAUGAGUGUAAUCAAGUUAUUUACUAACGACAUUAAUCAUCGAUAUUAGUUUUUAAUACCUAACACUUAAUCCAAUUUUAAUUUUUUCAUGAGUUCAGAUUAUAGAAAUCUUUUGAGUUUAGAUUAUAAAAUAAUAUUCUGAUAAUUACAGCAUAUAUAUUGUGUGCAUUUACACAAAAAAAAAACUAAUUAAUAGUGAUUUAUAUAAUGUAAUAUCAGAUAU